CUAGUAACUCCACAGUAACACAGGAAGUGACUCGUCGUUUCCACCUCCGCCCCGACCCGCCGCGAGCUCCUCCCCCUCUCCGGCGUUUCCCGUGCGCUUAGGCUUGAGAAGCCGCCGGAGCCUCCCCCCGGUCGACAUGGCGUACGGAGGCGCGCCCGCGGCGGCGGGCUCCGCGUCGGCGAUAAAGCAGGUGAAGCUGGAGAAGGAGAGCGAGCUGAGGAUCGAGGUCGGCCACGAGACGCCGCUCCGCAUCCGGCUCGUCUCCGGCACCGCCGAGAUCUUCGGCACCGAGAUGCCGCCGGAAAUCUGGCUCUCUUUCCCUCCUCGCCACAAGUUCGCCGUUUUUACUUGGUAUGGGGCUACUAUUGAUAUGGAUGGUGAUACCGAAACCGAUUAUACUGCCGAUGAGACACCGAUGGUCAGCUAUGUGAAUGUGCAUGCCAUACUUGAUGCGCGUAGAAGCCGUGCUAAAGCUUCAGCAUCAGAUUCUGAAUCUUCUCAGGGUCCUAGAGUCAUAGUCGUGGGACCGACAGAUUCUGGAAAGAGUACGUUAGCAAGGAUGCUUCUUAGCUGGGCAGCCAAACAGGGCUGGAAACCUACUUUUGUUGACUUGGAUAUUGGUCAAGGAUCUAUUACUAUCCCCGGUUGCAUUUCAGCUACCCCGAUUGAGUUGCCCAUUGAUCCAGUUGAAGGGGUUCCUCUGGAAAUGCCCCUAGUUUACUUCUUUGGGCACGUAACUCCUAGCAACAAUGUUGAAUUGUACAAAGUGCUUGUGAAGGAGCUUGCUCAUACUCUUGAGAGACAGAUCUCAGGUAAUGCUGAAUCUAGAGCUGCAGGCAUGGUGAUUAAUACAAUGGGAUGGAUAGAAGGUGUAGGCUAUGAGUUGCUUCAACAUGCAAUUGAUAGAUUCAAAGUCAAUGUAGUGCUGGUUUUGGGUCAGGAGAAACUUUUCAGCAUGCUUAAGAAAGAUGUACUUAAGAUCAAUCCUAAUGUGGACGUUGUUAAACUUCAAAGGUCGGGCGGCGUUGUAUCCAGGAAUCAAAAAUAUCGUCAGAAGUUUCGGAGCCUUAGGACAAGGGAGUAUUUCUACGGCCUGACAAAUGAUCUAUCUCCACACGCAAACAUUGCAAAUUUCAGCGAUUUGUUCAUUUAUCGAAUUGGUGGUGGUCCACAAGCUCCGCAUUCUGCUUUACCUAUUGGUGCAAAGCCUGUUGCUGACCCUCUGAGACUAGCCCCUGUGAGUAUCAACCGGGAUCUACUCCAUGUGGUUCUUGCUGUUUCAUUUGCCACAGAACCGGAUCAGAUUGUUUCGAGUAAUGUUGCUGGAUUUAUCUACGUGACGGACGUUGACAUACCGAGGAAGAAAAUCACGUACCUUGCGCCAUCACCGGGGGAACUCCCGGGCAAAUUUCUCGUAAUGGGAACCUUGACAUGGCUUGAGACAUGAGCAUGGGUACAAGGUUGUAACUUCUAAACUUAGGGCUCGACGCGAGCAUUGAAGUUUUUCGCAUCAUAGUCUGAGUUUCAGGAUUUGUAGUCGUCAUAUAGCGCUUAUAGCUUGACUUAUCCGAGCUAUAAACCUGUUUUCGGUGUAAAUCAAUCUUCUUAUUUGUGAGUAGGAGUUCGAAUUACAGUUGUUA